GGUUCCGUCUGCCACGGUUAAGGUGAUGGGGUUGUCAAAAAGGGCAACUAUGAAAGAUAUCUGUCGGAACCUGGUGGAAUGGGGGCCUUUUCAUGACGCUCGAGUUAUAAAAGAACGCAAUUCUAGCUCCUGCAGUGGAAUUGCAUUUGUUGAUUUCCCAUCAGUUGUAUGUAAAGGCUGGCACAAUGAUGGAUGCAAUCGUACAUGAUAGCCUCAGCGUUGAUGGCAUGAUGUUGCAUUUUGAGUAUAGCUUUAGGAGAAUACCAACAUAUGCAUGAAAAACGAAGAAGGCAAGUAAAGUGGCGGAAAGCAUUAGAUAGAGGUACUACUGGUGCAGCUACACAACUGCAACAAGAUGAAGAUAAAGUACUACCGGAGUUGGUGGAAGAAGCUGAAGACAGAGAAGGAGCUGAAGACAGAGAGGAGGAGCAGAUGGUAGAGGAGGAGGCCGAAGAAGUGGAAAAAAGUAAGGCAGAGGAUGUGGUAGAAGUAGAAGACAGUGAGGAGGAAGGAGAAGCGGAAGACAGUGAGGCAAAGCAGAUGGUAGAGGAGGGCCGGGAAGUGGGAGACGAUGAGGGGUUAGACAUGAAUGAAGGAGAUGGAGAAGAAAGUGAAGAAGAAGAAGUACAGCAAGGCAGGGUUUCCACGAAAAAAAGGUCGAAUAAAUGGACUGGAAGAGAAACCAAUUUUCUAAAGAGAGGAACUUUUUUGCUCUCUGGAGAAACCAAAUCAUGGACUGAGAUUUUGAGGUUGGGAUCUCAUAUCUUCCGUCCUAAACGUACUGCUGAACAACUAAGGGAGAAGGAUAGGCGUACGAGGGGAGAUACUCACAGGGUCCGAACAAAAGGACGAAGGAACGGAGAUACUUGCAGGUUCCGAACAAAAGGUCGUAUGACUCGUAGGGUCAGGACAAAAGGGCGACGCAUUAGGCUAUGUCUAUGAAUUUCCCCUAAACAAAUUUCCCCCACAAUCUCUUUGGAUGUUGUCAGGUUUUCUUGUACUUUAUGAAAAGAAAUGAAAGUAAUACAGACACAGUAUAAUCUUGUGAAUUGUCUUGCUGCGGACAAAAUGCGAUGCAUUAUGUAGUUCAUUUUGGCUACCAAGGUAAACACUUGUUUUCUGGUUAACGUGAAAAGAAAUGAAAGUAGCAGUACUAGUAUUGACUUGAUUAUGUAAUCCGCCUUUGGUGUUAUUACCUAUAUCACCCAUAUAUUUUGUAAAUAUAUGAAUACAUAUAAGACUCUUUGGUUUA